GGUAACACACCCGGAUAACCCCGAAGCUCACAACCACCCACACAAGCAACAGCCAUCUAUCACAACAUACCCACCGGUAAAGCUAAGACAUCACCACACAAAUAGCGGCAAGUCGUACUCUCUCCCACAAACCCCCAUGCACACAGCCACCACACUACACAAUACGAACCUGGAGCUACCCUCUAGGGCAACGCACCCCAACUGGGAGAUCAUGCCCCCUGCCAACCUGGCCAGACCGUACUCAUGGUUCCCUACGCCCCGUAACAGCGCCGCAAUGAGGCAGAGGGCACAUAAGAAUGGAGGAGACACGCUUGCUCACAAAUGCAUGCACUACAAAAC